AUGGCAAUGAUAGAAGGAGCACAAGUGCGGAGGUCAGACCUCAUCGGAUCACCACAAUCCUCUCGUGCAUCCUCGCCAGAUCUCGACACACUAGAAAGACUGGGUGCGAACCUACAAUUCGAAGUCGUCGACAAGGCAUUUCAGCCCAUAGAGACGGUAGAGAACUUGGAAGAUGAGGAAGAAGAACUCGAAUUCCAACUAUUUGCGCCCACAAAAUCCACAACUGAUGCCUCUACUCCCGCCCCUGCCGCUCAAAAGAUUCGAAUUCGUUCGCCCUCAGAAGAACUUAGAGAACCAGGCAUCGUUGGUCUAGGUCGGCCACUAAGCUAUUACCACACUGGAGAGCUCGACCCUGUACGCGCAAAGGAGUUCGAAAUUGCUGCUGUGACUGGUGCCGAUGUCGUCGCAAUGUCAAAGCAGCCAUGUCCAGGAUGUGCAUACCCGUGGAAAGUUAUCAAGAUGCCGCCAUCACAAGCGAAGUCAGCUCUCGCAGCGGCCGCUGCCCAAUACCCAGUGGCUGAGGCUUUCUUGCCUGAUGUACCAAAGAAGCGCACACGUCUAGGAAAGAAGGCCAGGAUCCAAAAACGACAGAAGCUGGCUGCUAUCAAGGCAAAGAAGGAAGAAGAAGGCAAAUCGAAGGAGGAGAAGGAGAGGCUCGAGCGUGAAAAGAAAGCCAGAAGGAACAGAGAGAAGAAGUUCAAGAAGAGGGCAAGAGAUAAGGCCAAGAAGGCCGCUGGAAAGGACGGAGAUGAUGCUGAUGCAGCUGACGACGGAUCUGAUAGCGACAGCGACGCAGAUGUGGAAAUGACUUCAUGA